CGGGCUUAAUCGGCCAUUCAUGGCUCUCUUCGUGUAUCUCCGUCAAUGUUCGUGUUGGUUCGCGCGUAUGACAACGCGAUUGGACGCAGUCAUGCGUGGUCAUGCGAUCGAGUUCGUCAAUCGAAGAACUGUCAUUAUCAGGUUAAAUUGUAUUCGUGUCGAUUCGUACGAUCUGGAGAUCUGUAAGUCCACGAAGAAGCUUUUAAAGCAGCUCAGCUGGUUCCUAUCGAUCACGAGCUCGUGGUUCAACAUGUCGAACCCUUCAGAGCGAGUCAAUUACAUACAAGACAGCAGCAGUGAUACAGAAACUGAUUACAAAGAGAUUGAUGGAAGAGGAAGGCAUCGUUUGUACAAAAAUAGACUGAGUUGUGGUGGCUCGUCGAAGCCGAAAUCGUGUCUGGUACAGAGGGACGGCAGCAGCGAUCGGCAUUGUCAUUCUUUCAAUUCCGGCAGAAAUUCGCAGAGCACGAUUCUUACAAAUCACCAUAACAGGAUUCGCACGAAUAUUGGCAUCACCAAACAGACUCAGAGUCAGAGUCAAAGCAGCAACAGGGACAACGCCAUAUCAGGAGGAUCGGCAAUAUUAGGAUCUACUACCGGAGUCAGCAAUCAACCAACCAGCGACGAAAGAAUCACUCUCAUUGUCGAUAACACUAGAUUUAUUGUUGAUCCAGCUUUGUUCACGGCGCACCCCAACACAAUGUUGGGUCGCAUGUUCAGCUCGGGAGUAGAAUAUGCCCAGCCUAAUGAACGCGGUGAGUAUGAGGUCGCCGAUGGCAUCUCUGCCAUGGUUUUUCGCGCCAUCUUAGAAUACUAUAAGGGCGGAGUAAUUCGAUGUCCUCCGACUGUAAGUGUUCAAGAACUGCGAGAGGCCUGCGAUUAUCUGCUAGUGCCCUUUGAUGCUAGCACGGUGAAGUGCCAAAAUCUCAGAGGACUACUGCACGAAUUGUCGAAUGAAGGCGCGCGAUGUCAGUUUGAGGUGUUCUUGGAGGAUCUAAUUUUACCGUUGAUGGUGAAUAGCGCGCGACGUGGCGACCGUGAAUGCCACAUUGUCGUCUUGCUUGAGGAUGACGUAGUCGAUUGGGACGAAGAAUAUCCUCCCCAAAUGGGCGAAGAAUAUUCUCAAACUGUCAAUAGUACGGCAAUGUAUCGCUUCUUCAAGUAUAUCGAGAAUCGGGACGUGGCGAAGCAAGUGAUGAAAGAACGCGGUUUGAAAAAAAUUCGCCUAGGUAUUGAGGGCUACCCGACCUAUAAAGAGAAAGUGAAGAAACGUGCCGGUGGUCGCGCCGAGGUCAUUUACAACUAUGUUCAACGACCCUUUAUCCAUAUGUCAUGGGAGAAAGAAGAGGCCAAGAGCCGUCACGUUGAUUUUCAGUGUGUUAAAUCCAAGUCAGUGACAAACCUCGCUGAAGCUACGGCUGAUCCUGUUUUGGAUGCCGCUGGAAAUCCUAUGCUUCUUCAAGUUGCUGAGGGAGCAGUUCCUCAACCAGAAGUAGUUGGACUUCCUAUGGGUUCGGAUGCUGAUGUGGAUGGACCCAUGGGAUCUGGCGAUCAAGAUUUAGGCCCGCUACCAUCUGAUGAAUUACCGUGAAAAGUGGAAAUAGACUAAAGUAAGAUUUAAAGAUUCUAAAGAAGAUUCUAAGGAAAUUCUCUUAAAAAGCUUUUGAAGAAAAUUUUGAAGAACAUAUAAAAAAGCUUUAAAGAAGAUUUUGAAAAUGGUCGAGAAGAGACCUCCAAAGAAAAUAUUGAAAAGAUGCUUAUGGAAGACCAUGAAGAUGAUUUUGAAAAGAAGAUUGAAGAAGAAUUUAACAACAAUUCUUGAAGAGGAUUAUGUUUGACUCUGCCAACUUUGAAGAUUCUGCAAUGCAUUGAAUAUUGAAGAAACAGAUACAUUAAACUUUAAAAAUUGGAAUGCAUUGGAUCCUGAAGACUUUGUAAUACAUUGGAUUUUGAAAAUACUCAUCCUAAAGAUUUUGCAAGAUGUCUUUAUCUUGAAACUUGAAGAAGAGGAAGUAAAUCAUUUAUUUGAGGUAAUUUUUAUAUUUUUGAUCACAGAGCCCAUAUAAUUUCAUAUAAAGAAAAUCAUUUAAAUUAAACGAGAAAAUAAACUUGAUUGUUCUAAUCUGCGUGGCCAAGACUCAAUUUUUUUAUUUUAUUAAUAAGUAAACUUUUUAUUUCUUAUAAACUUAUUAUUUCUGAGCGUUUGAUAUACGUGAUCUUUAUAUACAUGAUUUUAUGGUUAAAAAAACUGAUUAAUAUCAAAAAAGUUAACAUGCAUUGCAAUCUGCAUGAUUCAAUGUAUCACUUUUACUUUAAGAUUUUUCAUUUUCGAGAUUGGUAUGAUCUCAUUGAAAAAAGAUUUAUCGUUAUAGAAAGAAGAAAUAUUUGUAAUUGAUGAUAAUAAUACGAAUAUAAUUGUUUUCUUUCUUUUUUUACUAUAUGUGGCUUUUUGGGAUAUAUUGUAUAUGAUCACGUUUAAAAAAAAAAAGACUCAUUAAGAUUAAAGAUAAAUUUCUUCGUUUAGCGCCUCUCUUGUGAUAUAGUUCUUCUAGAUUAUGUUUAAUCACAUCAAUAUGAAGGUAUAAACUGGUGUUAUUCUUUUUCUCUUUCUUGCGGUUUUUGCAAUUUUGUAACAUAUAAAACAUUUAGAUUUACAAUCUUGUACUAAGCGAAUACGCUAUAUAUGAUCGAUGUAUUAUUAUCGAAUCUUCUAUUACCAGCCCGUUUUCACUACCUUUCCCAUUUUAUACCAUUAUAAUAAAGUUGAAUACGAUUUGUCAAUAAAUAAA